AUGGGUUUAUUGGCAAAGGCAAAGCCUAACGCUAAUACCACCAACAACAACAACACCCACAAUAGUGGCAUGGGUUUUCUCCUAGUUUUCUUCCGAGAAGAUAACAACACCACCAUUGCUAACAAAACCAACCUUCUCCCUUUACCAUCUUCAUCCUCAUCUUCGUUUAAAAGAACCAACUCCAUUACCCUUUUCUCCAAAGCUCAAUCCACCAUUUCAAUAUGUGUCUUCUUCCUCUUCAUCACUCUCCUUCUCUUCACCCUCUCCACCUUCGAACCCACCACCAACACUCUCCAUCGUCGUCACCCAAUCACUCCCAAACCCAAAACCCAUCUUUGGUUACCGCACAACGCUUUAAACGGUGACCGUUUUCCACCAACGGCACUUCAAAGAAUGGGUACUCUUUACCGAAGAGGAAACAGAGCCAUGAACGACCUUGUCGUUUCACACGUUGUCGAAGACACUACCCACGAAGAGUUUAGGCUUUUCCUCAGAGUUCUACAUCGUUCUGGCAUCACUUCCAAAUCCGACGUCGUUUUUCUCUUCGCUUCUCCUUUCAUGAUGUCUAGGUUUGCCAACAUUGUUCGUGAAGAGAACGACUCGUUCUUGUCACUCGUUCAGCUUCACUUUCAGAGUCAGUUGAACUCGACUCGUUGGAGCAAAGAGACCGAGUUAAUGUUUGACGUGACUCGUUUCACUGGGGCUACUAAGAAGAGAGUGGAAAUGGGUGAGCCAGUUUGGGGUAAGAGAAUUCGAAGAAAUUCGAGUGGUUUAGAAGCAGGGGAGGGUGAGUUGACUCGGAUGAGUUAUGGAUCGGUGCUGAGUUUCGACGCGAACGAGCUCGACCCGGAGAACUCUCUGGCUGGGUUUCUAGACCGAGUUCCGCUGGGUUUGAGAAGAUGGGCGUGUUACCCCAUGUUACUCGGCCGAGUCAGGAGGAGCUUCAAGCACGUAAUGCUCGUGGACGUGAAAAAUCUUGUAAUUUUUAAUGACCCACUGGAGCGAGUCAGGAAUCGGAGUCCCGAGUCAGUUUUAUUUUACCAAAAGGUGAGCACUGAAAGCUCUAGGGGAAAGCAUGGGAAGAAGAACUCGGUGAUAACUCAGUCUCAAUACCGAGUCAACUCAGCGGUUGUAAUGGGUGGCGCUCGUGGUGUUAGGCGAUUAUCGAAUGCCAUGUUGGUAGAGAUUGUUCGAGCGUCAAUGCAGCACAAGAAGAAGAACUCGGUGUCCGAGUCGGCGAUUCUGAGUCAACUCGUUCGCAAUGAGUUCUUGUUGAAGAGCGUUGAUUUGAUCACUUUGAGUGAGUCAAUACCGGAUACGAGUUCACUCGCUGCGACGAACUCAGCUGGUUCGACGUUAUUUUCAGAUUUUCUAAUGAUUCAACGGGGCAUGGGUAAUUAUGACCUUAAUUCUGUUAUUAAGAAGCAGAUUUGUUCUUCUGUGGUGGAUUCUUUUGUUUAUAGAGAUUGUUAGCAAUUAGAAAAGCA